CAGUAGACAUACUUGUCAAUCAAAUUUAAAAUAUAUCGAAACUACUAUGUCCUCUACUGAUUUCGGAUAUGUGGUGAAUUCAUGUCCUUUAAAUAAGGAGGAAACAUCAGAAGCAGCUACGAGAUUGAAAUGUGGUGAAGAUGAGAACGGACGGAGUCCGUAUGUCUGUGUUCCAGUUCAAAACCUUACGGCCUUAGUAGAGUUCUGUUUUACAAAAACGAUAGUUGCCUUUUAUGAAAUAGGUCAUUGUCUAAGAGCUGUUGGAGAUGGACAUCUGGACCAGUUCAGUUGUAAAAAUUUUACAGAGGGAUGUCCAGCAGAACAUUUUAGAAGUACAGACCUGUAUAAAUAUCCAGCUUGUCAUCAUAUAAACACAGAGAAGGGCUGUUUUGUUGCUGAUCCAUUUUGUUAUGCCACUAAAAAUGUCACAACAGGGAUAAUAUCUACACCUAUCCUGGGAAUUUUGAAUAUUAGUACAGAUCAUACGAAUUAUUCAGAAUCCAACAAUACAGCCGUUUAUGCUGAACUUGGAUCCAUAGGAGCAGUCAUUGGUGUAAUCACAGCUCUUCUGGUGUUCUUGGGAAUAAUAAUGAUAUGGUGUAUUUUUAAGAGAGGUGCACUAAGACAAUACAUACAUUUGCAUUAG